AUGAACAGUUCAGAAGGAACCCGCAACAGUACGGGAUUCGACCGCGUUACACACCUGCAGAGUGAUCCCAGAACGGUGCAGCAAUUGGCAACAUCAAAACGCAUCCAACAAUACGCCCAAAAAAACUGUAUUCAGUAUGAAAGAAAAUCACAAAAGAAACAGCAAAACGGUUACCGUAACUACCGCGCCAAAAGAACGCUCUGCAUCUCCAUUACUGAUUCCCCAAAACCGCCACCAGAGAGAAUAGCAUUUAUCUUUCCCGUGAUCAACGCCUCUGCGUACAUCGCACUUGUGGUGACUGGUACUGGGAAAGCAGAUAUGGUUCACUCUGUGCUGAGUGGAUUUGAAACAGCUGAUAGGCUUCCUGCUGCAUUAGUUUCACCUGAAGGGGAGUUGAAAUGGUUCGUAGACAAAAGUGCAGCAUCAAAGCUGUAG